UAUUUUAAUGACGCCGUUAAAAUGACGUCACAGUUAACGCCAUGGUUGCUGAAACGUGUAUAUAAAAGAUAGAUGCGGAUAUAACUUAAAUAAAAUUGUUCAUGUAAUACAAAACAACAUCGUAUAAAUUCUGGACCAAGUAGGCAUGGGAAAUCCGUGUCCCCCGGUCGCGCCUGAUUCAAGUGUGAACCUAGAACCUUGCAGUAAUCAAAACGCCCAGACCUCUUCGAUUUCAGAUACACCUGACAAAAGUUCCAACAGAACCCCACGUGAUAAAUUAAACGCUUCCUUACUUGAUGUUAUCAACCUGUCAAGUCAACUUGUCUCAAUGGAAAUUUUACCAUCUAAAGACAAGAGCAAUAAAAGAAAAAAGCAAGUUCGAUUUGCACUUCCAGAAACUGUUGACGAUUCUGCAGCAUUAGUGCAAAAGGAAGGAAAGGCUCAAGAAGUCAAACCUACAAGGAAAGUGUGCACAAAGAAAACAAAACUAAGAAAGUUCCACCCUUACAUUGCACAAAUAAAAGUUGAACCAGCAGACAAAAUUGUAACUAACAUCAAUGAGAAUCCGUUACUGAUUAAAUCAUUUUGUGUAUCUGAUGAAGUCAGUGCUGAGCCCAUAUCGCUAAUGGAUGAACAAACAGAUGGUUCCGUUUUGGAUAGGAACGAAAAUUGCACGGUUCGAUCGAAAUAUUCAAAAUUAACAAAACGUCUGAACGUUCCAAUAAAGAAAAUCAAAUCAGAUUAUGUGUUAUGUAGCAAAAAGAGAAAGCUUAAUCAACAAACUAAGAAACGAAAAAGUGUAGUUUCAAAAAAGCUUUGGGUAAAGAGAAAAGAAAGUUCGCGAUGCAAGCAAAGUAGGAAAAGAAGACACGUGGAUCGUGGAAAUUGCAAACUUGCUCAGGCAAAGAAACGUAAAAUGUCUGUUGCACCUUUGAAGGGCAAGAACAGGAGUAAAAAACUUGCAAAUGAUAAACGAAAAUAUCUCACUCUUGCACCAAAUAAGAAAGGAACAAAGAACAAACAAACGUCAUCUAAGGCUUCUGUAAAAGUCAACCAACUUAAGAAAAAGAUUAAGAAGGCAGUACAAAAUGUUCGACAGGCUAAAACAUCAGAGAAGAAAAUGUUACGACUCAAAAAGCGCGUGAAGAAAACGACCACAAAGAAGCUUAAAUUGAAGCAAUCUUUAAUAAAGAAGCGAAAACAUAAUGAACGGAAAAAGAAAGAUCAAAAGAAAAGAAAAGCAGCGAAAGGUCAAAUUGUGAAGAUAGUAAAGAAAAGAAGGCGAAAAAUUAAGAUCAUACCUAUAGAGAGACAAGACGAAGUCAUUCCACCAUUGAGAGUUGCGCUUUUGAAGUACCUCACAAUAGAGCAAGCGUACGAUGAUCAUUUAGAUUGCUGCAGACUGUGCUGUUGGGAUGAUUGGGAAGAAGUGGAUAUUGAGGACAUCAAAUGUGAUUACGACUAGGUUGAAGAAAUUAUAGUCUCACAUCUUUUAAAUUUCUUCAUGAAUAAAGUAUUACAACUCAAA